AUUUUAAAGAUUAAUCGAUUAUUUUGAUAAAGUCGUGUAGUACUUUACUUCUCAAAGAAUGGAAGCUAUGGGAGAAUGGAGCACCGGCUUAGGCGGAAUGUAUACAGACGAAGCUGACUUCAUGAAUCAGCUCCUUGCCUCUUAUGAUCAACCUUGUGGCGUUUCGUCCCCAGAGACAACCGCCCCAGCCGCAGCAUACCACCCCCAGAACGCUCAUUUGACUGGCGGGUUCUGCUUCUCUCAGGAGAGCAGUAGCUACAGCGCGGGGCAUAGUGGCUACUACGCGGUGAUGCCACCGCGAGAAGAAAACAACAAUGGGAUGGAGGAUGUGACGAUCAACACGAACUUGUAUCUGGUGGGUGAGGAGAUGUGUGAAUGUGAACUGGCGGAAUACUCCGCCAAGAGCCUUUUGCCUUUGGAGACUGCCGAAGAGAAUCAGGAUGAUAAUAAGAGGUCACUGGAGACGGAGGACGAUCAAAAAUUGUUCAACGCUUGCGAGAGUUCCAAGAAGAGGACGCGUGCCAUAACAACUGACAAGAACAAGAGAGCCAGCAAGACACGGAAAACUAAAAAAAUCAUGGAGAUGAGUGACAAUAAUAACAAUAGCGGUGGAGAAGUACAUACGGAGAAGGCUGGGGGAGAGAGACACACCAAAGCACUUAAGAUUCAGAAAACUUGUUAUUCGGAUGACGAAGCAAACGGUGGAGACACUUCCUCCUGCAAAGAAGGUGGCGAAGACUGCAAGGCGCUAAACCUCAAUGGCAAGACUAGAGCUAGCCGCGGCGCUGCCACUGACCCUCAAAGCCUCUACGCAAGGAAAAUUUCGUACGUAAGGCUGAAAACUAAAACAAAGACGGAUCUUAUGACGGUGCAGAAAAGAAGAGAGAGGAUAAACGAGAGGCUAAAGAUUUUACAAAACCUCGUCCCCAAUGGAACAAAGGUCGAUAUUAGCACGAUGUUGGAGGAAGCAGUACAAUACGUCAAAUUUCUCCAGCUCCAAAUUAAAUUGUUGAGCUCUGAUGAUUUGUGGAUGUACGCGCCCAUUGCCUACAACGGGAUGGACAUUGGCCUUGACAUGAAACUCAACUCACUCAUAUGAUUUACGAGAUUUUCGGACAUAUUUUUCUAUUUACGAGUUCCACUAUAAACUCUCAUACGAUGUUAAAUACGUGAGAAAUGGGGAGUCGCUUUUAACGUUUACUACUGUGUGCAAAUCGAGAUAUGCCCAACAUUUUUUUGUGGUAUUUGAAAUACUGGUGUACUACAUCUUUUGAUAAUGAUUUCGUUUUUUUAUUAGUUGGUUAAUCGUUUCGUUUAAGUAAUAUAUAUUUCAAUAGAAAUAUAUAUUUAUAUAUUAGGGACAUAAUUAAAAGAAUUUUUCUAAAAAAAUUAAUUAUUCAUAUGCAUAAGAAAAUAUCUCAUAAAAUUCUCACAGUUUUUCAAAUAGAAACAGAUUCUUAUCUACUCUAUUAAAAUAGAGUCUCCUAAAAUAUAUCUAACAAUGUUUUAUUGUUGGACUAAUUCAUUAGUAACUGAAUAAAUUAAAUCAAAUAUAUAUCUAAAUUUUCUAUCGUGUAUUUUUUUAUUUGCUUUUUGUUUUCCCCAUUUCUUAAUAAACUAUUUAAACUAUUUCAUUUUAUGAAGAUCUAGACAAAAUCCUUCUUUCUAAACAAAAUUCUAUGUCAAACAAUAUUCAUCGAAUAAUUACUAAAAUUUUGUACACAAAUCAAUACUAUUAAAACAUAAGCAAUUUUUAUCUACUUACAAAUAGUCUAGGUUUGACCAUUAUAUUUAAUUAUAUUUAUUAUUAUUUCUAUUUAUAUCUAAUUUAAUUAUUAAAUAUACAUCAUACCUAAAACUAAGGAACUAACUAACUAAUCUGUUAUUUUUUAAACUAAUGAAUUUAAUUUAUAUUAAUUCGAAAUUUAAAUAACUAAUCAAUUAUAAUUUAUUUAUUAAUGUAAUAAAUACUUAUAUAUAUAUAUAUAUAUAUAUAUAUUCAUUUGUAUAUAUACAACUAUAUAUUAAUCCAAAUGCAAAAACAAAAAAAAAACAAAUUGUUCAAAACCUUCACCAAAUACAUAAAAAUAUAAUUUUUAUAGUUAGAGUAUUAAAUAUAUAUAUAUAUAUAUAUAUAUGAUAAAAUAAAUAUUAAUAGUAAUUAUACGAUGAAACAUGUUACUGUUGAUAGGUUUAUGAAUAUAUUUUUUACGGGUUACUCAAAGAGACAUGUAACAUAUAUAUCAAAUAUAAACUUAUUGAACAAAUAUAUUAACACAAAUAUAUCAUAAAACAUUACAUUAACAUGAAUCGAUGCCAGAGAGUAAGGGUUAAUAUUAUAAUUAUUUUAAAAUAUAAUUAUAUAAUAAAAAUAUAUAUCAAAAUAAAAUAAUAAAUAUUUACAUUUCUAAUGCGAAUAAUGAAAUUAACUUUUAAAUUUAAAAUAAGCCAUAGACAAAACAUCAAAAAGUAUCUAAUAACAUGUGAAUAACAAAAGUAAACUAACUAAAUAAAUAAAUAAUUUUUUUUUGCAAACGUAAAUCAUUAAUUUGUAAUAGACGUAUACACAUUAUUGAUGCUCAAAUCUAUUUCAUUUUUAGUAUGCAUCCUCUCAAAUAUUGAUCCAUUAACAAGAUGAAAUUUUAGUUGGACUAAAAUUGUAUUUACAUUGAAAUAUCACUUUCAUAAUAUAUUCAAUAUUCAUCUGAACAUUCAUGAAUAUAUAUUACAAUACUCUAAAUAUAAUAAUAAAUCAAACCGAAUUACAUAUUGGGUCAUCUACCAGCUCAAUCGAUAACCAGAUCUCGGGUUUUAGCGGUUGUUACGGGUUUUAUAGAAUUUUUAAAUAACAGUUUUUUUUUUUGAAAACUAAAAUGGAUUACAUAUGAGCCACCGAAUUUGCCAAUUUUACUGUGGGUCAGGUCGGGUUUCAAAACAUUGAAUAUAAUAUUCUAUUUGUAAUAUCUAAGUGUAGAUAUAAUUAAAAUACCAAUUUAUAUCAAAUAAAUUUGGAAUGUUUCGAAAACAAUCCCGCGCUUUGAAAGCGCGGGUCAAAAUCUAGUCUUCUCUAUUAAAAGAGAAGUACCAUUUUUAUCUACCAUUAAAAAGUCUUACUAGGUCCAUUUCAUUAAUAGCAUAAUGUAACAUAAUAAUCAAUAAGAAUAUUAAUAAUAAAUUAAUUUUAAUUAAAAAUUUUGAAUUUUAUUUUCAGUUAUAACAAAAUCUGUUAGAGAAAAAAUCUAACAAAAUCCUAUUACUUUUAAUAUAUUUUUAUUAAUGAAUCAAUUAAUUUCGUGAUAAAGUAAUAUAUAUUAGUAUAAAUUUACAUUAAAUAAUUUUAUUAUAAACCAGAAAAAUAAAAAAGAUUUUAAUUUUUAUAAAUUUGUAAUUAUAGUCUAUAUUAUAUUAAAAUAGAAGUAUUACAUAAAUUAAAUAUCAAAAAAAUUAUAUUAAAUUGGUAAAUUAAACUAUUUAUUUCUUAAAAAUGUUUUCAUUUAAAUAAAUUAUUAUCUACCAUUAAAACGGGUUUAAAUUUGUUAACCAUGCAAUAUUUUUAUACAAAUAAAUUUAUUAACAUAUGUUAAAAUCUUAUUUCUACAGCUAUAUAUUUUCAAAAAUUAUAUAUUUAAGAAUGUUUUUUAUUUGAUUAUUUCAAAUUAUGAAAAAUCAAAAAUGUAAUAACAAUUUAUAAAAAGAUAAAAUGUAUAAAAAAUUAUUUAUUUAUAAAGUAAUAUGAAAAUCUAAACAAUAAGAUUAAAGAACUAUACAAUACAUAACAUUACGAUACAAAUCAUAUAUUUAAUUUUUUUGAUAAUAUCAAAGUUAAAUAUUUAUAAAAUGAAAAAUAUACCCGCACGAAUGUGGGGGUUAAACUCUAGUAACAGAUAAAUUGUGUGAUCAAAUAAUUAUUAGAUCACAAAGUCAUUUAUCAAAAACAUCUAUAUCUAAUUUGUGGGUCCAAAUUCUGUAGCUUUAAUUUAUGUGAAAUAUUUUAAAUAAAUCUACACUAUUAAUAUCUAUCAUAUUUUUCUUUUUCUUUUAUGAAUUUUUUUACACUUUCAUAUGUAUACGUUAUUAGGUAAUAACAAUUUGUAGACAUAAUAAUUAAAUAUAAGCAAACUUAAUCUAAUUUCAUUACAUAUCAACUAACGACUUUUCAAACGAAAUAGUAUCCACAACACUAUUGUUACUUAACAUGAAAAAAUAGAGUUUUUAAUUAGACUUAAAAAUAUAAAAUAAAAAGAUUAUGUUUCUGAAAAUGUUUGGUCAGUCAAAUAUAACUUUACUGUAGAUUUUCAGAGAAUAUUUUUAUUUUAGAUAUAAGACAUAAUAAGACUUAAAAAUAUAAAAUAAAAAGAUAAUUUUACUGUAGAUAUUUUAAAUAAAAUAUAAAAUUAAAAUUAUUGAUUAAAGAUCAUUUGAUGAGUAUUUGCAUCUUCUAACUUAAUUUUAUCAUAAUCUUUCAAGAUGAUGAGUAACAAAAAAAAAUCACUUAAUGAGGUUUUUCUAAACACAAAAAUUGAUAGGCCUUGGUUAUGUGCCUUGUCCCAAUCUCCUCAGAGGUGGAUGAAUGAUAUGUUGACGUUUGAAGGUUACUAGCUCUUGUUUGGUCUGAUACAACUUUUCACAAGGUUAUGGAUUAGCUAGUGUUGCUUAGAUGAUAAAACUAACGAAUGUAAUCUCGUCUAACUUGGCUUGAUUGACAAGUCUGGAAAUUUUCCCUACCCUAUGACGGUGUCUUUCUCAAAGACGAACAAAUGUGACAACAGAAUUCAAGAGAAUUCUAUAAUAUACAAUUUUAUCAAUGAAUGCUUAGGUAAAAACUUAACUAGUACAUAGGUUUAUAUAGUAAAAAAAAAAACCUACAAUAUGUAUUCUAUAUUUUCAGUUAUUUAAUGUUCUGAAAACCAGACCGACAGGUCGAACCGGUCCGACUGUGACUCGUUGAAAAAGCCGAGUUCAGUUCAUUUUUAAACCCAGAUUUGACAAAAAAAAACAGUAAAAUCGGCUAAAACCGGUGAUCCGGAUCAACUUCAAAACCUGGUUCUAAAAAUCAACAUAUAAUUAAUACGUUAUAAAUUAUUAUUAAAAUUUAUUGUUUCAUAAUCAAUGUUUGACUAUCAAUGUAUGAUUGGUUUUCUAUUUAAUUUUAUUCUUAAGAAAUAAUGUAAAAAAAAUUUUUUUGACUCUCAUAUACUAUUGUCAUUUUGCUAUAUUCAUAAAAUUUGAAAUUUUAGUUGUAAUAGUAAAUAAAAGUGGUUAAUUGAAUGGUCAAUCAUUUGAAAUUUUAUCAACUUCAAUUUACAUAUUCACUUUUUUACUGUAUAUACAGCUAAAUUUAUACUUAUUAAUUAUUUUCUAGCUAAUAGAAGAGAACAAAAAACAUAUGAUAUCAUAUAUAGGACUAUUUUUAGGUGCAUAUAGUGUGAUAUAUGAUUAUAUAUUUAGUUUUUUAACAAAUAGAAAACCCGGUUCGACCGGUUGAACCGGUCCAACCAGUAGCUGUACCAAAACGGUAUCCGGUUCAGUUUCUUAAACAUUGAUGACAAUCAAAAUCGAAUUCCAAUAGAUCCACUUCCCCACAUGACACGCUUAAUCAGGAAAUAUUGCCAGAUCUUGGUACAAUUCAGUGAAACAGUGAGGUUUUGGCCCCAACCGUUUUAAAUAAAUAUUUAUUGUCUUUAAAAUUUCAGAUUGGGACCUGUUAAGAGGUGUAUAUUAAAAAAGCCUUCAAUCGACGCCAGUUCAAAGAAAUGAAACAACACAUGACUUCUUAACUGGUGAUAAAAAAAGGUUUCAUUUGUUGUCUUCUAAAGAUCAAAUGUACAAUGGGUAACUAGUUGAACAACUUUGAGCAAGUUAUGUUGGAAUCAAGAUGUAAAGUGUCUUCCGAGUCCCUUUAAAGCGCAAAAUCUUAUCAUUUUUGUGAGUGACGAUACAGAUAAAUGAUCAACACCCUCCCUGGUGGAGAGGAGAUUACACUCUUCAACAAGGUCCAUCGAAUACUGAGUUCGACCCAACACAAACAGACGAAUCAGGAAUAACUCGGCAUUGAAAAGUCCGGCCCGCUAAAUUCGGCCCAGCCAAUUAAGUCAGCACGAAUUAAGGGUUUCUGCGAGUAUUAAAAGAGAGUAAGGGAAAAAGAAAAAGAGGCAUUCAGAAACCAGAUAAAACAAAAGUGGAAAGAAUUAAGGUUUAUCAUAUUUCUUUACUAGGGUCGGCCCGCCCUACGGGCGGGAUAUACAUUAUUUGUGAUAUAAAUUAUUAUUUUUAGUGAUUUUUGGUUUAUAUUUUUGGUUUUAUUUGCAAGAGAUGUGUAUAAUAAUGAUUUUUGUUUUUUAGAAAGUUUUAGCUGAGGAGGGAUUAUAUGUGAUAUAUUAUGCUUGUUAGCAAUAGUUUUAAAUGUUCUUUAUAUAUUUUAUUCUACAAUUGUAUUUUUGUUAAAAUGUUUGAUUUUGAAUUAUGUGUCAAUUGUUCUUUAUAUGAUUAUUAUAUUUUUUUUUGUAAUUUUUACUAUUAAUUUUUUUUUUGUAAAAAGAUUUAGUUUUAGUCGUCUCGUUGUAGUUAACUAAUCUUUUUAAUGAUUUGAAUGAGAGUAUCUUCUAUUUUUAUUAUGGUGGUGUAUAUGUAUUUAACAUUUUGUUCUUUUAAAUCAUAUAAGUUCACUUUUUUAUUGAUCUUUCAUUCAUAUUAAGCAAUUAUAUAUUUAAAUGUUUUAUCAUUUCAUUAUUAAAACUAUAAUUCACAUUUUUAAUUCAAUAUGUAAUUUAUUAAAAAACAUUUUAUAUUUUUUGAAUACAAUAACUUCACAUUUUUCAAUAUAUCAAAAACAAUGUUUUCAUUUGUUUAUAUUAGUAGGAUGUACUUACAAAUCAUAUAUAGUUUACCAUUAAUCUUUAGUGAAAGUGUUUAAUUAUUAUUAAUUAUAAGUAUUAUUAAUUUUUACUAAUUUUUACAACAACUUUCAUUAUUUAUUUUAUUAUUUUAUUUAUAUUUAGAUGCUUGUUUCACCAUUAAAAAUUGUGGACAUAUUAUUUUCUUACGUUGUCAGUUGUUUUACUUUGAUUGUAAGUAGAAUAACUUUCUAAAACCUUCGGUGGCUUGACACAGAAGACAUGGAGCUUUCUAUCUUUUAUACAUUUUUCAAUUAAAUUUAUUUACAUUUACACAAUAUAAUUACACACACGCACACAUGCACAUAUAUAUAUAUAUUUAAAAAGUUUAAAAUUAAAUAUUUGUGACAUAGAUGAUGGUGAUAAUAAUGAUUAUCGAAUUUGACUUACUGCUUAAAAUAAAAUUCAAGUCUUUAAAAUAUUGAAAAUAUAAAUAUAUUUAUAUAACCAAAUUAAAUAAAUUUAUUAUUGUUAAAAACCCAUUUUGAAAGAAUUUAUUUAUACUUUUAAAAAUAAAAUUGGAUUAAGUUGAAAAUUUUCAAUUGUUUAUUAUAAAUAUUUGUAGACGUAUUAAUAUAUUUGUUUCAAAUACUAAGAGUAAGAGAUAUGAAAAUUUUCAUAAGCUUUAAAGAAUUGUGAUAAUGUAUCAAUUUAUGUUGUUUCAGUUGAUAUUGUGGCUUCAUUAAAGGAGAGAUUGUUUUUUUUAAAGAAAAAAUAUUAUUUUUUUUUCAAAGAAAAACAUGUAAAAUUUCAUUUGUAAAAUUAUCGUAUGAUAUUUUCAAGUAGUAUGUAAAUUUUAAAUGUAAAUUUUGAAAUAUAAGAAUACUUUAUUUACUUGUAAAUCUAAUUUCAUGAAUAUAAUAAUCAGAAAAUCCAAAUGUCCAAGCAUAAUAUAGUGUACUACAUAAUGUAAGUAAACAUGGAAAUGGGUUUAAGCCACCAGAAAAGUUUACACAAUAUAAAAUCCAUUGGUGACAUAAAUGGCCCAUUAGUUGAUCUGUUUAUUUUUUAAAUCAGAGGAUUUUCUAAAAUUUUCUAAAACAAAAUUAAAACAAAGUGAACAUGUCAUUCAAUCGAAUACGAUCAUCUUUUGUCCUCUCAAUCUUAACGCCGUGGUUAUGAUCAAUUUUCAACUUUCUGGGCCACAAAGCAUAAUAUAAUCAACUUUUGGUCGCCGUCUCUCUACUGGGAGGGAUUAACCUGGGAUCCAUCGGUCGGUACCCUCCACAGCCGCACAAUCCACUUCAUCUCUGACGCCGGCGGCGAACAAACCCUAAUUUCACGUCUUCUUGCAGCGAUUCGCUGGUUAGUCUUUCCCAGCAAUGCCCUAGCCGCCAACGAUCUCUGCAACUGCAGCCUUCAGAGCUUCAUAUCUACUCUCUCGUCCCUGCCCAAGACAACGAAGACAUCGUUAGCGAUGCCUAAGAGACGUGGUGGUUGUUUAGAAUGAGAACGUUUCCACCACCAACUCA